UUGAUAUUUCAAUAAUAUCAGUCACUUGCCUUGUUCCAGCUGUUUUUGAUAGAAUUAUGUGGCUGAUUUGUCCGCUACUUCCGGUGAUGCUCCUGCUUCCGGUGCUUUUUCUACAUCCGGUCAGCUGCAGUCUGCAGCUGUACCGCGUCCCCCUGCGUCGCUUUCCCUCCGCCCGCCACCGUUUCGAGAAGCUGGGCAUCCGGAUGGACCGACUGCGUUUGAAGUACGCCGAGGAGGUGAGUCACUUCCGGGAGGAGUGGGAUGCCAAGGUAAAGGCGACACCGCUAAGCAACUACCUGGAUGCCCAGUACUUUGGACCCAUCACUAUUGGAACGCCGCCGCAGAGCUUCAAGGUGAUUUUCGACACGGGCUCCUCCAAUCUCUGGGUGCCCUCGGCCACCUGUGCCUCCUCGAUGGUGGCCUGUAAAGUGCACAAUCGCUAUUUUGCCAAGAGGUCGACCAGUCAUCAGGCCAGAGGAGACCGCUUUGCCAUCCACUACGGCAGUGGAAGUCUAUCGGGAUUCCUCUCCACGGACACGGUUCGCGUGGCUGGCCUGGAGAUUCGGGAUCAGAUCUUCGCGGAGGCCACCGAGAUGCCGGGACCUAUCUUCUUGGCCGCCAAGUUCGAUGGUAUCUUUGGCCUGGCCUAUCGCAGCAUCUCCAUGCAGCGGAUUAAGCCACCUUUCUAUGCCAUGAUGGAGCAGGGCCUGCUCUCGAAACCCAUUUUCAGUGUCUACCUGAGCAGGCAUGGCGAGAGGGACGGCGGUGCCAUCUUCUUCGGGGGCUCCAAUCCGAAUUACUAUAGUGGCAACUUCACCUAUGUGCCGGUGAGCCAUCGAGCCUAUUGGCAGGUAAGGAUGGAGUCGGCCAUCAUACGAAAUCUGGAGUUGUGCCAGCAGGGUUGCGAGGUGAUCAUCGAUACGGGGACCUCUUUCCUGGCCCUGCCUUACGAUCAGGCUAUACUCAUAAAUGAAUCAAUUGGGGGAACCCCCUCGCAAUUUGGCCAGUUUUUGGUGCCCUGCGAAAGUGUGGCGAAUUUGCCGAGAAUCACCUUCACCCUGGGUGGUCGUAAGUUCUUCCUCGAGUCUCACGAGUACGUCUUUAGGGACACCUAUCAGGAUCGAAGGAUCUGUUCGUCUGCCUUCAUCGCCGUGAACCUGCCAUCGCCCAGUGGUCCCCUCUGGAUUCUCGGGGACGUCUUCCUGGGCAAAUACUAUACAGAGUUCGACAUGGAAAGGCAUCGCAUUGGUUUCGCCGACGCCAGGAGCUGAGGCCAUGUAUGCUGUUUGAUGUGCUUCUUGUUAUUCCAACGACUGGUUGCCAUAACACGCGGAAAAUCCUGAAAGGUAAAGGAAAAACAAGCUGAGCUUUUAAGCUAAUGACU